AUGCUUGAGAAGUCUGUCAGUGGUCUCGAUCCACCUGGCGGACAUCCGCCACCUGACCAUCCAUUCGGAGAGCAUCCCUUACGAAACUGGUCGGUCAAUAGAUCAUUUCAAGCUCCUUCACGCAAACCUGCAGAGUUCCGCCGGUCUCAAAAGCUUAGUCUUCCAUUAAACAGGCGAGAGGAGCCUAUCACCGAUUUCAUCAGCAAUCGAGGAAUAUCUCCAAAGUUGCCCGAAUAUCGCAUCAAACCAAUGUGGGCCCGCGAUAGAAAAAACGGUCUGCGCAGCUUAGCUAAGACGAGUGCGCUUUGA